AUGGCUGAUGCAAGGUUUGCUGUUUCUUUUGUCAAAGUGUUUGUCGAGUCUGUGAUCAAAGAUUUCCAAACUAAAAGCGAACAGAAAAUCAACGAUCAAAUCCAUAGGGACUUGAAAUUAUUCGAUCGCUGUACCAUUUUGAUGGAACUCGAUAAAAACAUACCUAAUAUGUCCGAUCCCGAAAUUUUUAACUACAUGGAGAGUCCACUCGAUACACUCAACAGAAAGUUUUACAAGCAAUGGGCGAAGUCAAUGGCACCAAUUGAGUACGAUCAAAAGGCGAGGUCAAUGGCAGCAAUUGAGUUCGAUCAAUGGGCGAAGUCAAUGGUACCAAUUGAGUUAUUUAAUGGCUGCAAAGAAAAAUCCAAAUUGAUCAUGGAGAAUUUUUUCGACGUUCUUCAAUUAAUCCAGAAUCACUUAAAAGUUGAGCAAGAUGCCGAUAAGGCGACCUUCAUCACUGAACUUUUCGAGCCACGAGACGUUUCAGAUUAUGGGAGCAUUGCAAAUAAGGGACAGUGUGUAUCUCUUCUUCUUUACGCCUACUUCUGCCAACAGAAUCCACUAACCCGUCAAUUUAGAGUAUCUAACGUUACCUAUUUACUAAGAGAUAAUGGCGAGAAGUUGAUAAAAAAGUUUCCACGGCCCAAUGAUGACACAAAAACAGUUCUGUCGACUAUGUCUGGCAACUUCAAGUUGAUGUCUAUUUUGAACCUUUUUGAUUUCAUACAAAAAUGUCUCGAACAAAAACCCACCGCAAUUCAAGAUUUUGGAGUCAAGUUGAGCGAUAGCAUUAAUUUACUGAACAAUGUAUGUUCUACGCAAAGAGCCAUACUCUUGAGUAAACAUUGUGACACACAAUGCCCAUGUUGUAAACGAAUCUGCGAUGUGGAUCAUAAGAUAGACGCGCGAUUUGCUCCAGGCACAGGAGAAAACUUGCAUCGUUGUCAAUCUGGUCAUCAGUAUCGCGCUUUUGGCAAAAUAAAAUCCAGCUACAAAAAUCUUGAAAAUGGUUUUUUCGAGGCAUCCGUAAUCCCUUGUGAACACAUCAAGGAAAACAUGAAGAUUGGCAUUGGUAUUUGGUCCGAAUAUAAACGUACCCAUCCAGAUUGGGACUGGGAUUUUAUAACUAAGCCGAUGCUCAGGCCUAUCAACGAGAUAUCAGACUAUCGUGCCUCUGUUUGGAAUCGAAUAGGUAAGCAAUGGUGCGGAAAAUACGAGAUGGACUUUGUGAUAGAGAAUACAGAUAUGAAGCUCAAACAUUACAUUUUCUUGCUCGAUAAUUCGGGUUCGAUGAAAAAAACUGAUCGAUGGACACAUCUAAUACAAGCAAUCCGUACAUUCACCAAAAUCCACAACGAAUUAAAAGGAGAUGGCGUUGCCUCAUUCGUUCUCUUUGGAUUAUCAGCAAAAUCACCGCCUGGAUUAUUAUUCAAAGAAAUCAAAUUGUUGAAUGAGAGCGAUUUCAAUCUCUUGCAGAAUUCGACACCAGAAGGGGGUACAAAUUUCCAGGUUGCCUUCCAAAAGGUCAUCGAAAUAUUGAAAAGUAUAAACAGCAAUGACAAAGUGAGUAAACGACCUCAGGUUAUCAUCUUCAUGACAGAUGGAGAGGCUGGUUAUCCGCAACAAGAAUUAGUCACAUUGUCGACUACUUACCGUUCGGUAAUAAAAGAGUUUUGGACAGUGGCAUGCGAAACAAGUAGCCUUACGGAACUCCGUAAAAUCAAUCAAGUGAUGAAAGGUAGUUUCAAAGAUGUCCAACAAGCGGACGGUCUCGUCCAGGUUUAUAGCGAACUGGCAUCCAAUCAUUGA